UGUGGGCUCCUGGAUUUAAAAGUGGAGUCGCAAGGUUUUCUAUCUACUCAGACAUGAACUGGGACAAUCAGCUGAGCUGUAUCCUGUCUGAAGCAGAUGGCAGCGUUGCAAAGAUGAGGGAGAGACUGACCUCACCAGGGAAAUUCUCCAAAGGAGGCGAAGAUUUGUAUCCCAUGAGGGAGCGGAUUCAUGAUUCGGAUUUGGACCCUCCUGCUCUUCCCCCUCGAGCCCCCCUUCUCCGACAGCCUUCCCCAUCUCUCAGUCCUGGUGUGCAGUGGGCAGACCUAACUGCUAUCCAGUCACAACUCCAGAUACAGAGCCAGGCAAUUGAGUCUCUCACCCAGCACAUCCAUGACAUGGAAAGGGAGAGACAGUCGCAACAACGUCACAUCCAGACGCUACAAGAGGAGGUUCACCGGCUGCAUGAGGCACUGAGGGAGAGUGAAAGAGCGAGGGACGAAUCAAGGAGGGGCCAAAGUCCAGGAGCAGAGAGAAGGAUGGAGCAGUGGAGGAGAGAGGUGGGACGUGAGCUGAGCAGUCUUCGGGGACACAUCACCAGAGCCACGUCGCUAGGCAACCUGGAGGAAAGUUUCAGCUCAAAGCUUCGCCGAGAGGAACUGGAGCACCUGCGGAGAGAGGUGGACCAACUGAAAGCACGGCUAAGGAGACAGGAGGAGGACGUGUUCCUCCAGCAGGCAGAGGCCAGAGAGACCAGGAGACAGUACGAACGCAGCUGCAAGACACUGGAGGAGCUAACAGACAGCUACAGAACUCACAGCACUGAUCUGGCAAAGACUGUCUCUCAGUAUUCACACACACAGCAAGAGGUCCGCCAGAUCAGAACAGUUGUGUCAGAACUGAAGGAGGAGGUCCGGACGCUUGUUCUUCGAGAACGUGCACCAACACCUUCACUGUCAGCACACACAUCAGGGGCAUUACCACUCGCACUCCCACACGGUCACAGUAGAAGAGUCAGAGUUGAAGAGCAAGACUCAGACUCAGAAGACUUUAGUCCAACACCCAGCCUGGCCGAGGUCAGCUCAGAUGAUCUGUCAUGGCUGGAUGACAAAGAGCCCGCUCCGCAUCAGAAGCCACGGGUACAUCUGAGUGUUCAGUCCAGACGGAGCAACUUUGCUGGUCCAGGAUCUGAUCUAGAGGAUCACCAUGAUGAUGAUGAUGAUGAUGAUGAUGAUGAUGAUCUCGAUCUCCUUGACAACAUUGUGAACCCAGAUUUAGGAUCUGACCUAAGUCUUGAUGACCUCUGACCUGUUCUAAGGUGAAGCUCUCUAAUUUAACAUGGAAAGACAUACAGACAUUUCUUCUGACUCUAAUACACUACCCAAGAUGUAUUAAUGCUUUCAAACUGAUUUCAUUUGAUCAGUACAUUUUUGAGUUAGAGUUGUGUUGCAAAACACAAAACUUUAAAAAUAGAAAUAGCCAGGAAAACACAACCAGCCAUAUGGCAUAUUUCCUUUGUUGUCCUGAGGGAAGAAGAAUGCAGACAAAGAAAGGCAAUAGCAGCAGACUUGGCAUAACAGCAGUGGCAGAUGCAUAUAAUAACGAGUAAUAAUGUCAUCCUACUUAGUGUUAUUGCUUUUGCUUAACAGACCUGCUUGGAUAUGAUGUGUGCUGAAUCAAAUAUAGCAGUGAGGAAAUUUCUUUUCAGUGUGAGAAAUUCUCAAACGCUUUUUAUAAACAGUUAAUUGUGAGAAUAACAGAAGUGUGAGAGUCUCAGGAAAGAUCACACAAUCAAACUAGUUUUAAUCUUUAUUUUGACUUUGACGUGUGAGUGAGUCAAAGUCAGUCUAGUCCCAUUCACAUCAUUUAAAAUAGUAUUCAUCAAAGAAUUGUUUUCCUUCAGUCUAGCUAGUGACGAGGCUGAAGUCUGCGAGGACUGUACACAUACUGCUGAUAACUGUUGUAGCUGCAAAUUGUCUUGAAUCAUUUACAGUAACUAUGUCCACAUGUACAGACUGAUAGGACGCUGGAGAACAAACUGAA